UUUAUGAGAACGCCAAGUCGUUGAAUGGUGGGGCUGCUUCUGGAAUGAAGGAUUAUGUAUGUUUUUUUUUUUAAUAUAGAGGAGUGGAUUAAUUGAAGAGGGAUCGAAAGUCUAACUUUCUUGUUGUGAAGAAAAACGAUCUUGACUGAAAGUCCUGCUCCGGUUUCCUGUUGAUUGGAAACUCCUAGUCUGUCAUGCCAGGGAAAAAAGGAGACUGCUGCAUAGCUGGCAUAGCUACACCACCUGCCAAACAACCGACUGUUCUGAGAAUAAUUAUUUGGAAUUCUUAAAUGUCCUUACUUUUUCCAAGGGGUUUUAUUAACGAAAAGCAAACCGGUUGCAUUGGAUUUUACUAUAAUAGUAAACCUUCUAGAGACUGUCCAUCCCUCUUUCUCUUGUAUAUGGAAAAGGAAAAAGUCCAACUUCAAAUAAGGCUAUUCUUGCAGCCUGUGACAUGGCCACAGCCUCCCCAAGAUCUGACACUAGUAACAAUCACCAUGGAAGAUCAGAGCUGGAUGUAACAGUUUCUUGUGCCAAACUGAAAAAGAAAAAACACUGGUUUAAUGCACUCUAUGUGGAAAUCAGUUCAGAAAGAGAAACCAAGAAAACAGCAAAAGCAAAUAGUUCCUGUAACCCAAAAUGGGAAGAACACUUGACUUUGAAUGUAAAACCACAUACCAAAUUAGAAUUUCGGGUUUGGAGCCAUUACCCAUUAAAAUCAGAUGUCUUAUUAGGACGAGCUAGUGUUGAUCUAAGUGAAGUCCUGGAAUUGCACAACAGAAGGCUUGAGAAUGUACUAAAAGAGCUAAAGCUUACAUUAGAAAAUAAGAAUGGCACUUCGCAUACUGGUGAGUUAUCUGUUGUACUGGAUGGCUUGACUGUCGAGCAGGAAAACCUACCUAGUGACAAUCCAUUAUUGACCAAAGUACAACAGAAUGGCGAUGCUGUCCAUGAAAAUGGAGGUGAAAGCUCCACAAGAGUCAGAACCAGAUCCAUCAGUCAAGCUUCCAAUGGGAUGGGCAGCCCAGCUUCGCAACAUUCUUCAGUAGAAAAUUCCGUUGACGUACUCAGAGUAAAUGGAGAAAAUACACAGUCUCCUGCUCCAGCAGCUACUAUACCCCAGAAUAUACAGGCACAAAAAGCACCUUCAGAUGAGCUUGUCAGCCAUACAAUUAAUGGAGAAGUGUCUUCAUCAUCCGCAUCUCCAGUAGUAUCAUUUGCUGCUUGUACAAGUGCAACAUCUACAGAAUCACCAGCCACAUUGCCUAAUGUUUGCACUAAUACAGUUUCAGUUGCUUUACCUACUGUAGCAGCUUCCUGUUCUUCAGAAAACCCCAUAGUUGCAACAAACAAUUCCACACUUGCUGCUCCCAGCACCUCCACUACUGCAGCAGCCACAGACCCUGCUUGUUCUGGUAUAGGUACUGCAGCGGAAGCAGUAAAUCUAAGACAGAAUGCUACCGAUGCACCAUCAGAGCCCAUAAGACAGCAGCCCAGCAGCAUCAAUACAGAGCCUUUACCAUCUGGGUGGGAACAGCGGAGGGAUCCUCAUGGAAGAACCUAUUAUGUCGAUCACAACACACGAACUACAACUUGGGAGCGACCUCAGCCUUUGCCACAAGGCUGGGAGAGAAGGGUUGAUGAUCGUGGCAGAGUUUACUAUGUGGACCACAAUACAAGGACAACGACAUGGCAGCGCCCUACAAUGGAGUCUGUUAGAAACUUUGAACAGUGGCAGUCACAACGUAAUCAGUUGCAGGGAGCUAUGCAACAGUUUAAUCAACGAUACCUCUAUUCAGCUUCAAUGAUGUCUGCAGAAAAUGAUCCACUGGGUCCUUUACCACCAGGCUGGGAAAGAAGGGUAGAUUCAAAUGAUAGAGUGUACUUUGUCAAUCACAAUACAAAGACAACACAGUGGGAGGAUCCUCGAACUCAAGGUUUACAGAAUGAAGAUCCAUUACCCGAGGGUUGGGAAAUAAGAUAUACUCGAGAAGGUGUCCGGUAUUUCGUUGAUCAUAACACGAGGACAACCACGUUCAAUGAUCCUCGCACUGGCAAAUCAUCUGUAACUAAAGGUCCACAGAUCGCUUAUGAACGUAGCUUUAGAUGGAAACUUGCACAUUUUCGUUACUUAUGUCAGUCUAAUGCACUAUCCAGUCAUGUGAAGAUCACAGUUUCUAGGCAGAAUUUAUUUGAAGACUCAUUCCAGCAAAUCAUGGCCUUAAAACCAUAUGACUUAAGACGGCGACUGUAUGUAAUUUUCAGAGGUGAAGAAGGUCUGGAUUACGGUGGUUUAGCAAGGGAAUGGUUUUUCCUGCUUUCCCAUGAAGUACUAAAUCCAAUGUACUGUCUGUUUGAAUAUGCUGGCAAAAGCAACUAUUGUCUUCAGAUAAACCCUGCUUCAACAAUCAACCCCGAUCAUCUUUCUUAUUUUUGUUUUAUUGGGCGGUUUAUUGCCAUGGCAUUGUUUCAUGGCAAAUUUAUUGACACUGGUUUUUCAUUGCCAUUCUAUAAGCGUAUGCUAAGCAAGAAGCUUACCAUCAAAGACCUGGAAUCUAUCGACCCUGAAUUUUACAACUCUCUCAUUUGGAUAAGGGACAACAACAUUGAAGAGUGUGGUCUAGAAAUGUAUUUUUCUGUUGAUAUGGAGAUCCUAGGAAAGGUUACAUCACAUGACUUGAAAAAAGGUGGCUCUAAUUUGCUAGUAACAGAAGAAAACAAGGAAGAGUAUAUUGGUCUUAUGGCAGAGUGGAGGUUUUCUCGGGGAGUGGAAGAUCAAACCAAAGCUUUUCUUGAUGGUUUUAAUGAAGUUGUUCCUCUACAGUGGCUUCAGUAUUUCGAUGAAAAAGAACUUGAGGUGAUGCUUUGUGGAAUGCAAGAAGUUGAUUUGUCUGACUGGCAAAGGAAUACAGUUUACCGACACUACACAAGAAAUAGCAAGCAAAUUAUUUGGUUCUGGCAGUUUGUAAAAGAAAUGGACAAUGAGGUUCGUCUAAGACUGCUACAGUUUGUUACUGGAACCUGCAGAUUGCCACUUGGAGGCUUUGCAGAACUCAUGGGGAGUAAUGGCCCUCAGAAAUUCUGCAUUGAAAAGGUUGGCAAAGAUACAUGGCUGCCAAGAAGUCACACUUGUUUUAAUCGUUUGGAUUUGCCUCCUUACAAAAGCUAUGAGCAACUUAAGGAAAAAUUGCUUUUCGCAAUCGAAGAGACUGAGGGAUUUGGUCAAGAAUAGAUGCAGCACUCUGCAGAUACUGAUGGAUUUUUUCAACAUAUCAGAAAUUUCUGCAAAUAUACUCAGUGAAGUAUAUAAUUGCACAUACACGGACUUGUGUAUAUGGGCUGUAUGUCUUGUUCAGAAGCCUAUUUCUGAAACUCAAACAUGCAGGCUGCCUGCAUUCCUUCACAUAAAUAUGCAAAUACUUUGGCUUUGUUUUAUAUUUUAUUUAUUUCUUCCCCCUUUGAAUGGCAGACUUUAAGAAUAGCUUUUGUAAGGGGGGCUAAUUUUGAAAGCAGAGACAAUUUUCUUUUACAGUGAAAAUGCUAAUGGCUCUAGUUUUAUAGAGCUUGAAAGUAGAUGAAACUUUGCAGUCAUUCUGGUAAGCCUGGUCUUGCUUUUUCAGGGUUGCUUCAUCCAGACAAAGAAGUUCUCCAAAUCCCUCCUAAUGCAAGUGCUCUUCCAGGGUUAUUUAUUGCAUGGCUGUUAAUGGAAGUGUUGAAGGCUUAUGCCAAACAAAAUGUCUUUAUUUACAAUACGUGCUGCUGACAUUUUAACUGAAAAUGUUGUAGGUGGUUUUGUCAUGUUUUAAUUAUUCUCAUGAUAAUUUCCAGUUAUUACCCCACAUGUACCAUUGUUUUGCAAGCCCAUGGCUGUAUAUGGCAUCUUAACAAAUAAAGCCUGCACUGUUGUGUUUAUGUACA